CUCAGCGCGCCGCCCGGAACACGCCCGUCACAUCCCCCCUGUCACUCUUGACCUCUGCCCCCCCCCCCUCACGCCCUACCCCCAUUUGUUUGCUUCGCCGCAGCCUGGCCACACAACAUGGGAAAGAAGACCCGCGCGCGCCGCCAGCCCAAGAAGCGGGUGGUCAUCCCCCUGUCGACCACCUUCACAUGCCCCUUUUGUAACCACGAGAAGGCCAUCGAGGUGACGAUCAACCGCAAGGAGCGCGUGGCCAUGCUGGCCUGCGUCAUCUGCAAGCUCGAGCCCAAGGGGCCCUUUACGAUGCAGAUCCGAGCUCUGGACCAGCCGAUCGACAUCUACGCCAACUUCAUCCAGGAAUGCGAACGCAUCAACCAGCCGCCCGAGGUGGAGGACGACCAGGACCCUGCCGGCCACAGCGAGGGCGAUGACUAUGAGCCGCCUGGCCACCGCGACGGCGCCCCCAAGCCCACCCGUGCCCGGGGCUACGACGACUAUGAGGACGACCUUGACGAUGAGGACGACGAUUACCAGCCGGAUCGGCGGCGGAAAGAGAGCUCCAAGCGCUCAUCGCGCGAUUACGACGACGACGACGAUGAUGAUGGCGAGGACGACGAUGACGACCUGGAUUACCGUGCCUCCUCAUCGCGCCACAGCCGAAAGCGCCAGCAUGUCGCCGACGAUGAGGAUGACGACUUCGAGAACUUCUGAUGCGCGCCCACACAGGUGUGCGCCCGUCUCCGGGUCCGCGAUCGCGGAGGCGGGAGAAAUAUACCAAACACCAAGACCC